UCCAACUCAGGACUGCUACGCUCCUGCCGGCUGCUGAGAGGCUGGUGCCGGUGGUGCAUUCCCUCUCCAGACUGGGCGGUCCCGCACUGGAAUGACGUCACCUAGUUUUUCAUCCAGAACAAAAGUGUUUGUAGAUUCUUGUUUCAUAGGGAAACGGUAGCGAGUGGACUGAAGGCAAUCAGCUGAGUGACCAACGCAGAGCUCUGUCGACAUGGCGGGAUUCAGGCAGGAGGAUGUGGAGCUCUACUAUGACAUGGGAGAAGAGCUGGGCAGUGGGCAGUUUGCCAUUGUCCGGAAGUGUGUGGAGAAAAGCACAGGCUGCGAAUAUGCUGCUAAGUUCAUCAAGAAACGGCGACUGUCAUCGAGUAGACGGGGGGUGAGCUGUGAGGAGAUUGAGCGGGAGGUUAACAUCCUGCGUGAGAUCCAGCACACGAACAUCAUCACACUACAUGACAUCUUUGAGAACAAGACGGACGUCAUUCUUAUCCUGGAGCUGGUCUCAGGUGGGGAGCUCUUUGACUUUCUUGCUGAGAAGGAGUCACUGACUGAGGAGGAGGCUACUCAGUUUCUGAAGCAGAUCCUGGAUGGUGUCCACUACCUGCAUUCAAAAAAUAUUGCCCAUUUCGACCUCAAGCCUGAAAACAUUAUGCUGCUGGAUAAGAAUGUCUCCAACCCCCGGAUAAAGCUUAUUGAUUUUGGAAUUGCACAUAAAAUCGAAACAGGGAAUGAGUUUAAGAAUAUCUUUGGAACUCCUGAGUUUGUCGCACCAGAAAUUGUCAACUACGAGCCACUUGGCCUAGAAGCAGACAUGUGGAGCAUUGGAGUCAUCACAUAUAUCUUGCUAAGUGGAGCCUCUCCUUUCCUUGGCGAAACCAAACAAGAGACGCUCACCAAUAUUUCAGCUGUUGAUUAUGACUUUGAUGAGGAAUUCUUUGGCAACACCAGUGAACUGGCCAAGGACUUUAUCCGCAGGCUCUUAGUCAGGGAUCCCAAGAAAAGAAUGACAAUUGAAGAGAGUCUGGAGCACUCUUGGAUCAAGGUGAUCAAGAGACGAAAUGUGAGACAAGAAGAGAGUGAGCGUAAAACGGACCGUCGGCGGCUGAAGACCACCCGACUGAAGGAGUAUACCAUCAAGUCCCACUCAAGCAUGCCACCAAACAACACAUACAUCAACUUUGAGCGCUUCUCUCAGGUGUUGGAGGGGAUCGCAGCUGCAGAAGAGGGCCUCCAACAGCUUGAGCACAAUCAAAAGUCCUGCCGGGAGGAUGUGGCUGCCCUUCUCUCCAUCUACGAGGAGAAGGAAAGCUGGUACAAGGAGGAGAACGAGAGCAUCAGGGAUGACCUUCUCCGCAUCCGGCAAGAGCUACAGCGAGCACAGGCACAGCGUCGACAAAGCCAAGAGGAAGUUCGGGCAACCCUGCUGUCAGCCAAUGCCCUCAGGCGAAAGUUUGGGCGUCUGGAGAAGCGCUAUGAGUCACUGGCUGAGCAGGUGAACUCGGAGGUGCGCUGGGUUGAGGAGCUGGUCCAGUCAUUUGCCCCAGAGGGGUUAUCUGGCUCUAGCAUGCGCUGAAUUUACUUUUAUUCUUUGAGAUCAGUUCAUACUGAGGAUCUUUGUUUCUUUUACUCAUAAUGACAUCAUAGUCCAUGCCCAUGUAUGGCUCAUAUUUGACUGCCGUAAUGAGAUCACAGUAGCUUACAGCAAUUUUUUAUAUAAAGGAAAUGACUCAAAGUGUACUCUAAACAGACUGUGUAUAUUUGCAUCAUGUGGAUUAAUAUGUUACUGACAGGCUAUUCCUAUGUAGCUUGUAUAAUUUGCUCAUAUGGAAUUGUUGCUGAAACUAUUGAUAAACUGUUUUUCCAUCAGAGGCAUUUCCAUGCUCUCAGUUGUAUCCACAGUAUAAUACUUCUGAGUUUGAUACUUUUUUUGGCUGCAUGAAUGUGCUUUUCUCACCUGCUGCUUAAUGUAUUUAUUUUAUUACACUAAAUGUGUUGUCAGAUUGUCACAAACUUUCCUGAAACAUCUAUAGAAAUUCCAGUGUUUUAUUGUCCGGUGUCUUUCCCCCAGUGUAAGUACAGUGUUUAAUUAUAAGAAUAGUUUUAUUUAUUUGGCAUCAGUGACUUCAACACAGCAAAUUCUUAGCAGUAUACAGUACGGGUAAAAUAACUUUUCCAUUUUUACAAAACACUGAUCUUUUUCCUCCAUAUAAUUUACAUAUGAUUGUUGUCCAUAUUGUCAUCAUACAUGUACUGUUUGACCAUUGCUUGUAAAACAAAAAUCAGCUUGCCAAAGUAUGAGCAUUACAAAAAAUAGGCACUUAUGUAUUAAUCUGUAUAUUAACGUUAGAUUAGGGCAGAACUCGUAUAUUGUACUGCAGCUGUUAGUACAGCACGUCUGCCUUCAGUUUCAUCUUAACAAAUCCAAAGGACAGAGUGAAAUGAGUGCAAGAUGUAGCUAUGCAUGGCAGAAAUCUUUUCAAGAAUUUUGCAUUUGCCUAUAGCAAUAAUGCGACAGUUCCUUCUCAUUCAGUGAUAUUUGCAUCAUAUGUGCCAAAUAGUUUACAUGUUGUCAUUUAAAUGUUUUAAUUUGUAGACUUUUAUGAUGGGACUUAAAGCAUUCCAUCAAUGAUAUACUGUCAGUACCAUUGCCUUAUUAGUGUAUAACUGAAAUGUACCACAUGCAGUUGAUAUAUAUAUAUAUAUGUAAUGUUGUGUGUGUAUAUAUAUAUAUGUUAGUUUGCAUAUUAAUUAACUUUAAGCAACUUACUCUAUGUACAUUUAUUCCAUAUACAAUAAA